AGGAUAAUGACCAGGGCGGGGUUGACCGGUCCUUUACUAUGGAAGAUGCCCCCUCGACAGGAGGUAUGUACCCCGAUGCGCCGCAGCAUCGGACAAAACGGGUCAGAACCUGGGGACAAGCCGGAGGGAGAGGCCAUCGUGGGAGGAUCUGCAGCCAGUGCUGCGUAGAGGAAGGACUCGAGGGGGAAGUCAUCUGCCUGGGUUGUCUCGGGACAUAAGGACGGGAUUCCAAGGUGGCGAGCCACGACAACUCCGGCUCAUUCCAAAGAUCCUCUUUAGAGAAAACAACCAUGGACUAUUGCUACGUCUUUGCUGUCGUGGAAGGUAAUAAAGGUAUCCCCCGCGGUGGAUCAUAUCUGGGGGAUAACGACAAAGGGGUCGUUCAUAAGAGGGUUUUUGGGACAGCAUUUAUUUACAUGGCGAAAGGCAUUCAUGGCGUUCGUUUUGGUUGGCCAGGGAUGAGUAUGAGAUAAAUCGAUGAAUCAUACCUCAAAGGCAUUAUCAUGAGCAAGACAGCAGGCAUAGCAUUAUCAAUACCCUAUUUACUACGCGUAUAUCAUAUUACGAAAGGUCAUCAUCUAAAGGGAUUGUCUCCUAGCAUGUACUGUAUUUAAACUCCCCGAGAUAGCUGGUUUGAGGCCGAGAUUAGAUAUGAGCAUAUUUACCAGAAGCUCUUUUUAAGGAAUGGUACUUUGCACUGAAGAAUGGACUAGGUCCGGAGGAAGACCUUUUAAAGAAUCAAGUUUGUC